AUGCCAGCGACAUACAACACGCUCAGCGGUUUCAGUGCAACUAGUCCGGCUCGAGAAGCUUUCGUCGAGCAUUACGAGAAGGUACGAAGAAUCUGUCGAAAGGGGAGAUUGCUGGAAUACGAGGUCAAACAGCACUGGGGACCGCUGUGUGAGUUCCUUGAAGUGCCCGUGCCUGACGAGCCCAUUCCCUGA